UCACAUGCGCGUGUUGCUCUGUUUGGUUUCACUUCCGCACUCCUUCACCGCUAUCUCUAGCCUGUUAGCCUCUUGGGCACAGUUGAAUGGAAAGCGUGUUAUCUCUUCAGGGCAGAAUUAAAAGGGCGGAAAACGUUGAUUAAAAAUAAUAAUAUAAAACAGACUCCGCGCAGAUGAAGUUUGUUUUAUGCGCAUAUCUAAAGAGUCGACUAGUUGCUAAUUGAGUCAACCAGGAAGCGACGUUAGCGUGAGGAAGCUCAGAGCAACUGUUUAAACUGUCAGCUUGUAUGAUAAACUGUUAGAUUUCUCACAAAGAAGAUUUCCCCGCUGAUUCGCCGUGACGGAAAUCAUGAAGGUGUUCAGUAGCUGCAGAGGAAUCUCGUUCCUCAUGUGGAUCAUGGCAUUUCAUCUGGUCCUCUCUGUGAGUGGGGUGUAUAGUGUGAAGAGCACCAAAGACUGCAAACUGUUAUCUCACAGUCCAUUACAGCAGAAAGUUCUGGAGCGACUAGAGCCGCUCGUAGGAAAGAACUUUACAGCUGAGGACAAGGCUUCGAACGAGAGCUACACAUAUGUGUUCCAGUUAUGUGGGGAUGCAGGGGGUGCUCCCAAUGCUGGGGUUAUUCAAGUGGACAAGAAAACACAGAAGACAACAGUGAUUGGCAAAUACACGCAUACACAGGCCAUUGGAGGAAGUGACUGGGUGAUGCUGAUCUACACAAAUGGUGAAAAAUACGAUGCACACUGCAAUAAGGAAGAAAGGAAAGCCAUCAUUAUGAUCUCUUGCGACAGGAAUGUAAAAGUGAGUAAGCUGGAGGUGGGUCUGGAGGAGAGGGAAAAGGAGGAAAACUGUUUCUAUCUGUUUGAGUUGGACACCAGUUCAGUGUGUCCUGUAAUUGAGUCCAAGCUCAGCACUGGCUCCAUUAUCAGCACUGGCUCCAUUAUUCUCAUCAUUGGUUUCUCUCUUCUGGCUGUUUACCUUGUUGGAGGUUUCCUCUACCAGCGGGUGAUCGUUGGAGCUAAAGGGGUGGAGCAAUUCCCCAAUUAUGCUUUUUGGGUGGAGUUUGGAAACCUGGCAGCGGAUGGAUGUGACUUUGUGUGCCGGUCGCGCAAGCGAGAGGAAUCGCCAGCUUACAGGGGAGAGGCUACAGACAAUUUACAGGAAGAGCCAGAGGAGAGAGAUGACCAGUUGCUGCCUAUGUGACCUUAGUAUGUUGGGACUAAAAUCUUCACCGUGUGAUGCAGUUUAAUCGGUUACAGCUUAUCAGGCUGCUUGUAGACACAAGUCUGUUUUCUUGUGGGGGGGUUGUGAGUGAAUUACAUCAGUACUUGCUAAUUCUGUGUUUAUUCCAGACUUGUGCCUAGGGCAAAAAAAUCUUUCAUCUCCCUGUCACACAGGAGGGCAUGUUACUCAUAGGGCUGAUGAUCAUGUCCACACUUUUUACACCGUACGUUUCAAACAGUUGUUUGAUGUCAGACAAAUGAGUGAUUCCUUCAAGAAAGCUAUUUCACAAUAAAGACUCUUCUGUGAAAAUCUGGCAGAAAAGGGAGAAUUUGAAGAAUCAUAUUUCUAUCUUGUGUCAGCUAAAUGCCACAUUGUGUACAGUUCUUUUCUGCUAAACGAAUGCUUUAUAUUUUUUUCUCAGAUGUUGUUGGUUUGUCACGAGCAGAGGGGUGUACUGAAAAGCAAAUUCAAUAUAAUUGGUGGGGUUGUGUUAGCUGGCUUGAUAAAAGCCUAGAAGCCCCGAUAAGAGAUAAGGGUUACAAUGGUGGUUAUCAGUUUUCUUCAUUAACUCAGGCUUUCUGCUUCAUGCUCUGUGCAGUUUUAGAUGCGUCAUUUAACUCUUUGACUUUACAAAAUCGAUCAUUUGAGCUCCGUCUAAUCAGGUGAUACAGAUCUAUAAAUAACAUGCAACACUGCAGCUGCAAAGGAAACGAGAGUAA